CGUGCGCUUUGGAUCGCAGCAGUUUGUUUGACAUGGCGGCGGUGCUGUUGGCGGAGUGACGGAGGAAGGAGCUUCUCUAAACAUGUCGCCUCAUCGAGCGCUGCUGCUGCUGUCGUGUGUUUGGCUGUCGUCGUCGGCGGUGAGGCUUCUAUCGCGGUCUCCUCUCACCUGCCCCCGACAGGAUUUGAACUGUACAGUCAGAACAGACAACUGUAUGGACAGAGGGUGGCUGCUUGCUCAUGAAUAUACCCCCAGUGGUCCGGAGCAGCUGGAGGUGUCGGUGGACACCAGGCAGGAUGAGGAAGGACGCCUGCAGCCUGUACUGUGCGCUAAGUGGAAGAUAAAGGUUGACGGCAGUGUCCGUGACCUGAGAGCCACGGAGCUUCACGUUCUAGUAAUGUCCACCAAUCAGAACCUGUGUGUUCGAUAUUCUUUCAACGACAGACUUCCAAUGACAAGUCCAUCAGGAGAAAAGUGGUCGUUCUCAGCUGACAUGCUGGUGCUGAUCCCUGGCCAGACGUACCGGGUGUCGGUCUUCAACAUCCCCAAACCAGAGAUCAACCACAGCACCUAUGACAUCAGCACGAACGUUCGUGUCCCAGACUGUCAAGAUCCAAAAAUGCAAAUGACCCAGUUUUGCAUAGAGGAAGGAAGUCUGUGGCAGCCUGACAUCAGUGUGACUCCCAUCACUGCAGACAGUGGAAGGUCUGCUCUGGCUGUUAGCUUCAGCCCUGAUGGAUUGUGUGAGGAAUAUAAGGUUAUUGUUAGCUGCGGCACGACCCAAAAUGCAAGCAACAUAAAUAAGGCCAAUUUGACGACCCUGAAUGUAUCAUUCAUUCUUGAUGAAUGGCCAAGAUCCUGCUGCCUGUUUAAGGUUCAGAUCAAUCCUCUUUUCCAACAAUGCAGGCCGGACUGUAUCCGUCGACAAAGAACUCAGGAUAUUUGUACUGUACGGCCGACACAUGCUCCAGAUGUCCCUCCAUUCACAUUCAUUGCACUGGGAAUAGUGUCUAUGUGUAUAGUGACGGCAGUUGUAGUGUUUGUCUUCUGCAGGAAGCCAGGUAAAAUUGAUGCAGGUAGAAAUGCAAUUAUACAUGAGAAACCGCCGCAGCAGCAGGUCAAACAACCUCCCAAAGUGCUGAUCAUCUACUCCCAGGACCACCACUUGUAUAGAAACAUAGUGCUGAAGCUCUGCAGCUUCCUCCAGGCCAAGUGUGGCACUAAGGUGCUGGUAGACCUGCUCGACUCCACAUCAGUCAGCAUGGUGGGUUGCCACCGCUGGCUUGAGUGGCAACGACAGCAGUUGAAAAACCCAUCUGACAAAAUCCUGGUGCUGUGCUCACAAGGUGUCCAAGCAAAGUGGAGGGCCAUGUGUGGUCAAAGGCGAGUGAUCCUGAGGGAAGACAUCCUCUCCCCCACAGACGACAUGCUCACUCCCUUUCUCAACCUCGUCCUAAGUGACAUGCACCAGGCAGGUAUGCGGAGCAAGUACAUGGUAGCUUACUUUGGUGACAUCAGCAGCGAAGUAGACGUGCCAUCAGUUUUUGACAUUGCUGUCAAAUACAAUCUGAUGAAGCACUUUGAAGAGCUGUACUUCCGCAUCUUAGACAUUGAGAAGUAUCAGCCAGGUCAUGUUAACCACAUUGAGGGAAUUGGUGGGGAUGAAUAUUUCCACUGUCCUUCAGGUAGAGACCUAAGGAAUGCGAUCGAAGCCUUCCAGGCCUACCAAAUGGAAAAUCCUGAUUGGUUUGAGAGGGAGUGUGUAGGUGGUGAAGAGGAGGUCAUUGCUGAUGCCAGCCCGCUCAUUGACCAGCUGCAGAUCCCCCCUGUCCUAGAGUGUGUCCCUGUAGUCAGAGAUGUGCCUUCUGUCUUCAUUAAUGAGGUAGAAAUCAAUGAAAAUGACAACAGCAUUCACAUUCUUACACCUGAAAUGAACCCACAGCGCCAGUUGUCGUCAGUGGCAGAACUUACUCCAGUCGUAAAUCCUGGUGGUAAAUAUCCGCCAAGCCUGGGUGAGAUGUUGACAAGUCAUGUGUGUCCUCACAGCCCCAGUCCAGUAUCAGUCUAUAGACCUGAGUCUGUUUUAAACAAACUACCACCACCAAGACAGAACUGGCUCUCCCUCAGGGAAGAACCCUUGGGUCACCUUCCCUCUGAGGAUGAUGAAGAGGAUUCUCUACUGCCCAUGAGCCAGCCGUCUGCCCAUUUUGACCAGAGGCGCUCAACUCCACAGAACUCCCUGGGCUCAAAAUUUCCAGAAUCUGCAUGCGCAAGCGUACAGAGUGAGUGUUUCCUCUCAUCUGAAAUCAGCCUCUCCCAGCCUGUGGAGAUGGAGGAGGAUGAGGGUUUGGGGUCUAGUGGAAAAGAUCCAAGCAGCGGAUCAGAUCAAGGCUACAUCUCUAAAAUAUCCUCCCAGCAUGAACCCCCUUUAAAAGAGGAUGCACUUGUGGCUUUGGUGAGACUGCAGCAGCAGCUGUUUCUGCAGAAUCCCAGAUUCUCUGACAGAGGCCCUGAAGGGCCAUGUAAGCAUUAAAGCUACAGUAGGCAGACAUCUAGAAAAUAUACAGCCAUCCUUCUGCAACUCCUCCCUCCCUGUUCUAAGCCCCUCCCAUCAGGCAAGUACACGCUUCAAUCAUAGUCGAGCUAAAAGUCCACAUUCAUUCGUGGCUUCACCUGGGAUUUGAACCUCAUCUUGAAAGUCAACCACCUAACUUAUUGCACCUCUACAUCCCUAUCUCUUAAUGGACUUUGAGACAGAUUGCUCAAAAGCCCUGUGAUUGGCUGACAUCUCCUGUCAUGAGCUACAUUUCCUAAAAUCUGAAAAAGAGCCAGGAGGAGGUGCAGAAGUUGACUUACCUUUCAGACCACUUGAAGUAAAAUAAACUGAAAGGUUAAGGUGAUUUGGUGGAGACCUAAAAAUACUGCCUACCUCAGGUUUAAGAACGGGAUCUUCCUUCAUUUUAAUUCAAUUUUCAAUUAAAUGUAUUUAUAUAGCACAAUUGUAAACAAAUUUCAUCUCACAGCACUUGAUAUCGUAAGGUUUUAGCUGAUAUUGCUUUCUGAAAUAGAAGAGCUGCAGGCACUGCAUAUAAAGUUGUACAGCACAAAAGUGACCAGUGUGGGGCUCACAUGUUACAUAUUUCAUGUUUCAUGGCUUUCUAAGUACUACAUCCCAAACAGAUUUGACACGUUGCCCUCACAGGACCAAGAUGUAGACACAGUAACCGGCACCGUAAUCUUGUUCAUGUCAGCUUUUUCAGUGGGUUGUGAAUUCAGUCGAGAUUCAAGUUUUAAUUCAGAAUUCAGUUGGACGAUAUAAAAUCUCUGACCUUUUUCUAAAGACAUGUCAGAUCGUUGUACUGUUACUGUAGCAUGUAGCAUUACAGCAUAUAGCAUUGUAAUUUUCCACGUGUUAUUUGAGUAAAAAUGAAAAUGUAAAAAUGCAACUAAUUUUCACAUACCACUGUUCAUUUUUCAAGACUAAACCUGCUGUGCCAUGGAUGUUUAAAAUCAAUCAUUUCCCAGCCUUUUACAUUUACAUGUCACUCUGUUGGUAUCAAAAUGAAAAUGAAGUUUUAAAGCAAUGUAAAAAUGAGAAUGAAAGGGCGUUUACCAUUUUAUUAUGCUGUACAGUGGAUAAUAAUUAGUGAAACCGUACUCCUCAGUGUGUUGCAUUUACAUUUAAAUUUCAUAAAACUUCUUUUGUGUCACAAUAAUGAUGAAAAUGCAAUCUGCCAAUCCUCUCAUCAAGGCGAGUCUGAAGGUAGGAUAUCACUUCUAGAUUCUGCUCUGAUCUCAGGAUAGCCGUCACUUAGCCGACAGACAUACAGGCAGACAUCGAGACACCCGUCCAAAUAAUGAAUUCAGGUGUUCCAAUCGCUUCUGCAGCCACAGGUGUAUGAAGUCAAGCACUGAGGCAUGCAGACUGCUUCUGCACUUGCAGGAGCUCAGUGAAUUCUAGCGUGGUACCGUGGUAGGUUGCCACCUCUGCAAUGAGUCCACUGAUAUAAUUUCCUCUCAACUAAAUAUUCCAGCUUUUAGUUGUGUUCUAACAAAUUGGAAGCAAUUUGGAACAAGAAGUUCAAAUGAUCAUCUAAAGACAGUGGGCUUUCACAGAAAUCAUUCAGUUUUCUUAGAACAAGCAACUAGCAGCUCACUGAUGACUUAAUCUGGUCCUGGGUAGUUGUUUGAACAUAUUAACUAGCAAACCUGUCUGAUUGUUGAAGCUAGAAAGAAGUCCAUGCUAUCUAGCUCGGUGUGGUGUCAAACAACAACCCCCUCAGAGGUACUGUUGGAUCAUCAUACAACACUUUCCUGUCUCUUUAUUUUCUGUCAGGACAACAUUUUCUGUAAACAGUCAAUCUAAUGAUAAUUGUUUUGGUUUCUGGGUCAUCCGUUCUCAUUUGUUGUUAAAGAAUCCGUAAUAAAUAAUCACUUUGUACACUUUGUAAAGUAA